AUGGAUUCAGAGAUUGCUCGUAAAACGUGGGAACUGGAGAAUAAUGUAAAAAGUGUCGAUCCAACACAAGACCAGAUCUAUUAUUAUGAUGCAGAAGCAAGCAGAGAUGCCGUCAACCAAAUGCCGUGGAAGAAAGAUCCACAUCAUUACAAGCAUAUAAAGAUAUCCGCCAUUGCACUCAUUAAAAUGGUCAUGCACGCGCGUUCGGGUGGAGCUAUUGAAGUGAUGGGGUUGAUGCAAGGCAAAGUAUCUGGGAACACCAUGAUCGUGAUGGAUGCCUUUGCGUUACCCGUGGAAGGCACCGAGACACGUGUCAAUGCGCAAAACGAAGCCUAUGAAUAUAUGGUCCAAUAUAUAGAAGAAGCGCGAAAGGUGGGACGUAUGGAAAACAUUAUUGGAUGGUACCACUCACAUCCCGGAUACGGUUGCUGGUUAUCGGGAAUUGAUGUCAGUACACAGAUGCUGAAUCAGCAGUAUCAAGAGCCAUUUGUGGCAGUAGUGAUCGAUCCCAACAGAACCAUGUCUGCUGGCAAGGUCGAUAUUGGCGCUUUUCGAACAUACCCCAAGGGAUACAAAGCGCCAGAAGAGGGUCCCUCCGAGUACCAAACCAUCCCACUCAACAAGAUUGAAGACUUUGGUGUGCAUGCGAAAUCAUAUUAUCCACUGGAAAUCUCUCACUUUAAAUCCACCUUGGAUCACGAAUUACUGAACGUGCUAUGGAACAAAUAUUGGGUAAAUACACUGUCUCAGUCGUCGCUGCUAACGAAUCGAGAAUAUUCUGUGCGUCAAGUAUGCGAUUUGGCGCAAAAAGUGGAACAAACCAAUGAGAGCAUGGUAGGGAGGAUGGGAGGUUACUACGGCGACCGGAAAAAGAAUGACGAAAGCCAGUUGAACCGUGUAACAAAAGACAGCUCAAAGAUAACAUGUGAAGCAAUGCAUGGAUUGUUGUCUCAGGUGAUCAAAGAUCUCGUCUUUAAUCAAUCGAGGCAGAUGGAAAACUCUUGA